GAAAUCGAUAGUGUCGUCGGAUUUUCCCCACCUCUAUUUUUUGAGCUCUGUGCACGUUUGUAUUCAUCGCCAGCCACGUUAAAAGGAAGAACGUGUAUGUGAAUACGACCAGCAGAGAAGAGCAGCCAAGCGAAGGAUUCAGGAGCCCAGAUUCUCAAUCCCCGUCCCACACAGCCUCACGCACACACACGCACGCUCUCCGGGAGAGGAAGGGUAAAUAAAAGAAGCAACGAGCAAAAUGUCUGGCGAGGAAACGUCUGCCGAUCGCAAUGUCGAGAUCUGGAAAAUCAAGAAACUCAUCAAGAGCCUGGAGAUGGCCCGUGGCAAUGGCACCAGCAUGAUUUCCUUGAUUAUUCCGCCAAAAGAUCAAAUCUCGCGCGUCAGCAAAAUGUUGGCCGAUGAGUUUGGAACGGCCUCGAACAUCAAGUCCCGGGUAAACCGCCUGUCCGUCCUCGGUGCCAUUACGUCGGUACAGCACAGACUCAAAUUAUACACCAAAGUGCCUCCCAACGGUUUGGUCAUCUACUGCGGCACCAUUGUCACAGAGGAGGGCAAGGAGAAGAAGGUGAACAUAGACUUCGAGCCAUUCAAGCCAAUCAACACGUCGCUGUACCUGUGCGACAACAAGUUCCACACGGAGGCCCUCACUGCCCUGCUCGCCGACGACAAUAAAUUCGGAUUUAUCGUGAUGGACGGUAAUGGAGCGCUGUUCGGAACCCUGCAGGGCAACACCCGCGAGGUGCUCCACAAGUUCACCGUCGAUCUGCCGAAGAAGCACGGACGUGGUGGUCAGUCCGCCCUUCGUUUUGCCCGUCUGCGUAUGGAGAAGCGCCACAACUACGUGCGAAAGGUCGCCGAGGUGGCCACCCAGCUCUUCAUCACGAACGACAAGCCCAACAUUGCCGGACUCAUCUUGGCGGGUAGUGCGGACUUCAAGACCGAGCUCAGUCAGUCCGAUAUGUUCGAUCCUCGUUUGCAAACAAAAGUUAUCAAGCUGGUGGAUGUGUCUUAUGGCGGCGAAAACGGCUUUAACCAGGCCAUUGAAUUGGCAGCCGAAUCUUUGCAGAACGUAAAAUUCAUACAGGAAAAGAAGCUCAUCGGACGCUACUUUGAUGAAAUUUCUCAGGAUACUGGCAAAUACUGUUUCGGAGUGGAGGACACCUUGCGGGCCCUGGAACUUGGCUCCGUGGAGACCCUUAUUUGUUGGGAGAACCUGGACAUUCAACGCUAUGUUCUCAAGAAUCAUGCCAACUCGACGUCAACGACAGUAUUACAUUUGACGCCGGAGCAGGAAAAGGACAAAUCGCACUUCACUGACAAGGAGAGCGGGGUAGAAAUGGAGCUGAUUGAGUCUCAGCCGCUGCUGGAAUGGCUGGCAAACAACUACAAAAUGUUCGGAGCCACACUGGAGAUUAUUACGGACAAGUCUCAGGAGGGAAGUCAGUUCGUGCGAGGUUUCGGCGGAAUCGGCGGUAUCUUACGCUACAAGGUGGACUUCCAGAGUAUGCAGCUCGAUGAAUUGGACAAUGACUGCUUCGACCUAGAUGAUUACUAGAAAAUGUUUCUGUAGAAUUGAAUUUGCAAACUACCGUCGACCGCAAAGUGAAAACUGCAACUGCAACUGCAACUACAUAAAACCAGGAAAAUCAAAUAGAAUAUUUUUAAUGAUACAAAAAACACACAUACCUUCUUCCAUUUUAACGUUGUUGGCGAAAAAAGUAAAAUUUAAAUUAAUGCAUAUAAAUACAAACGAUAUAAUGUUAAAUCGAGGAAAAAAUAUUAAAAUGAUGCCGUUUUACGUGAACAAAACCAUGAA